AUGUUUAAUGCAAGCCAUCGACAAGUUAUCAUUUGCGGAGGAUUCAUUUCUGCUCUGGCAACAAUUGGAAGUUUUUUUGCUGGGAAAGUUGAAGUUCUUUAUGUUACGCAUGGGAUUCUUUCGGGGAGUUUUGCUGGAAUAUCAAAUUUUGCCGGCAACACCAUCGUUGGAUCUUAUUUUAAGAAGAAACGAACUUUGGCCGUAGGAAUCUCUCAAAGUGGAAUUGGAUUUGGUGCAUUUUCUUUCAAUUAUUUACUAGAACGAAGCAUUUCCUUUUAUGGUAUGAGAGGAACAUUUUUAUUAAUAAGUGGAUUGCUUUUGAACUUUGUUGUCUAUGGCGCCUUGAGUCGACCGCUUAAGACCGUCAAGAUGAGGAAAAAAGAGAUGAAAGAAAUCAAAUUAAAGUCUAUGAAUGAGUUUCUGCUAAAACCGGAAUCAGAGUUCGAUCCAGACGAAAAGCCGAUUGAAUAUAAAGAAGGGACAAACAUAAAGAAUUCUAACGAACAUCGUAAUCAUUCAGAAAAGAAACCACCAACAAAUAUGUCUAAUAAUAUUUCAAGUAAAUUAAAUCACCUACGCCUAACCAUAUUUGAUCCUGAUGUCAUGAAAAAUCCCAGCAUGCAAUUGCUACUAACUGUUUACUUUUUUUGGACAGCGGGCGAAUGUGUUAUGACGUAUCUUCCUGCAAAAGCUGUGGAUACUGGACUCACGCGGGAACAAGGAGCUUUGAUGAUGUCCAUCUACGGUGCAGUUAUUGCAUUUAGCCAAAUUGUUGCUGGAAUACUUGCCGACCUACUUCACAUUCCUACAAGUUACCUUCUGAUGGCUUCCUUGUUUGGCAUGUCAGCCUUUUCUUUAAGCUUUACAUUCUGCCACUCAUUUUCUUUGUUCGUCGUAUGUGCAUCUCUGUUCGCCAUUUGCCACGGAUUUACCUGUCCUCUUCGAGUUGUGCUUGUGUCGUCAAUUUUGGGAGUGAAAAACCUGACCAAAGGAUAUUCUCCUUUAUGUCUUUUGAUGGGUUUGACUUACAUUAUCGAUACGAUAAUCGCAGGUUCUUUGUUCGACGUUAUCUUUUAUUUUAUUUCCGGUACUUUAUUCGUGGCCUGCAUCUUUUCAAGUGGGCUCGUUUACAUGCAACGAAAACGCAAAUUCUACGAAUAA